AUGAUUAGGACGAUCAAGCCCAAGAACGCGCGUUCGAAAAGAGCUCUGGAUAAAAGACAGCCCAAAAUAGUUGAAAAUGUGAAGACGGCUUUGUUUGUUCCAGGAACGACUUCGAACAAAGCCCUUCAUGAUAUCACAGUGGAUUUGGCUGCUCUAAAAAAGCCCGAUGUUAAACGGUUUACCAAAAAGAACGAAGUGCUCCCAUUUGAAGACCCAUCGAAAUUAGAGUUCUUCAGCGAGAAGAAUGAUGCUUCCUUACUUGUUUUCAUUAGUAGCAACAAGAAGAGGCCUAAUAAUUUAACCUUUGUGCGCACAUUCAACUACAAAAUCUACGAUAUGGUCGAGCUUCUCGUGCUGAACAACUAUAAACUGUUGGAGGAGUUCAAGAAGGCAACAUUUCAAGUUGGUUUGAAGCCGAUGUUCGUCUUCAAUGGUCCAAUUUUUGAUACUCAUCCGCUCUUCAAGCAGAUUAAAUCCCUAUUUCUGGACUUUUUCAGAGGAGAGGUUACCAAACUACAAGACGUCUCUGGUCUACAACAUGUGAUUGCUGUGUCAGCAAUUGAAGAGGAUGAUAACGAUGAAAGUAUUUCUAAGCUUCCUCUGGUUCAUUUCCGCGUUUACAAAUUGAAGACUUACAAGUCCGCUGAGCCAAAACUCCCAAGGGUAGAGCUUGAAGAGACAGGUCCUAGACUCGACUUCAAAAUUGGCAGACAUCAGUAUCCUGACCCUGAGAUGGAGAAGGAAGCACUCAAGGUGCCUAAGCAACUGCAAUCAACUCAAAAGAAGAACGUCGAUGUGGAUAGAAUGGGUGACAAGAUCGCCAAGGUUCACGUUGGUACCCAAGACCUGAGCAAACUACAGACAAGAAAGAUGAAAGGGCUGAAGAGUAAGUAUGAUCAGUUGAGCGACAGCGAAGAUGAGGUUAGUGAGAAUGAAGAUGGAAUCAGCGAUGGUGAUGAAGAUGAGGUUAGUGAUUCCAGCGCUGACCAAGAAGAAGGAGACACUGAGUUUAUGGACGCCGAAGAGGAGCUGCCCGAAAGAAAGAAGAGAAGGGUUUAAUCGAUUAUAAUUGACAAUAUAUAAGAAGUAAUUAGCGAACAGUGGGUAAGCGAUGAUGGCAAUUAUUGUACACCAGGUAAUGAUUGAAUGCUUUUCCUAAUAGAAAUUAUGGCCAUAUUUGUUGUCAACUUGUGACUUCUCAUUAGCGUUGUUGUUGUUCAAAAAUGAAGACACAGUGGAGGGGCUUUGGAAAAAACAGUAAUUCUCUAGUAAUUGUUGAUAUGACUUUGAGUUGAUGUCUGGCUUACGCGAGUGGUUGGCGGCACCCGUAUACCUGGAUACUGGUGGAAUUUUUUCUUCAGGCACUUUUGUGGUUGGCGAAAUAUCCCUUUCGUCUUGAUUGAGUUUGUUUUCAUCAUUGAUUUUCAAAGGAAGAGGCGGUGACAUUAAGUCUGUGAAUGUAGGGGCAGCACUGACGUUUUGGAAAACCAGCGGUGUUCCCGGCGAGUUCAUGCUGCUAUCUAGAACGGUUUCUUGGUGGAAAUCGUAAGGCGUUUGUUGGUGAAGAUCAGCCCUAAAAGGUUCCGGCAAACUUAGGUCUUUAAGAGCAUUGUCUAGCUCGGGAUAUGAUCUAGGGUUUGAAGCGUUUUUGGAAGCCAAUUUGGACGAAACAUCUUCAAAGCUGGCACUUUUGCGAAGGAAUUUCGAUGAGUACAAGUUUUCAUGGUGAGCGUUCUUUCUAGGUGCUUUGGCGUAAGAUGUAUCCCUAAAGAAUCGUAAUUCGUAGUUUUUCUGAUAGUUGUUAUCCCAAAAAACUUGAUUAGCGGAAACGUACCGGACACAAAGAUAAAAAUAUGGAUCCAAGUCCACGAGCGGUUCGUGGCUAGAAUAGAACUGCGAAAAUAGAGUUGGAACAGAUAAUCUGAAAACAAACCUAUCAUAGUUCGCACGUUUUAGCAGCCUUGGGAUGUCCGGAACAUACGAAGCUUCCAUAUUGGUGACUGUCUCCCAAUUGUUGAAGGUGUAUCGAACUGUAACAGACUUUUGGAACGUCAGGUUCUUAACGGCAAUCUGUCCUAGGAGUUCAGUCUUAUCCACGCUCAAAAAACACCUUUCUAGAAAAACAGGUGUUUCUUUAUCAAUUUGAUCUCUGUAAGAAACCCUUGGUAAUUGAUCCGAAUUCAAGUCCCAUGCCUUGAUCAACUUCUUAAACUUCUCAAUUGACCUCUGGCUUCCUGACUCGACAUAUUCUUUUGAAGCACUGUAGAUAGUAUCAUGUGAGCCAAAGUAAUCGUCGUCGUCAGAUUCGCACUCUGAGUCGUAUUCGUCAUCAGAAACAAAGGGAGAGUUGCCUGCGCUGAUGGAGCUGGGCUUAUCUGCUUCAUCAAAAUACUUGACAGCUAUGUUUCCGCCGAAAUGCACUUGUUUGUAGGUUGGAGUGGCGGGCAGGGAUUUGGAGCUACCACCCAGAAUAUUGAGCUUGAGGGACGAUUUAACUAGCUCCCCUGAUUUCUUGCGCACCAAUGGAGACAUUAGCUCAUAUUUGGAGUCCGGUAGCGAUACUGGGCUACCUAUUUGUUCUGGUGAGUGCUCGUUAUCUAUUUCUGGUUUGGAACUUUCUUGUGAGGGGGGUGGAGAGUGUGUUUUUGAGUUCAAAAUAGUGUUGUGUUUCAUGAGUUCUUCGUUCUCACCCGAGAAGCUAGAUCUGGAAGGCCUCUUCAUGAAGCUGAUCGAUAAUGGUAAGCCGUCAUUUGAGGUUGUAUCGCUGGAACGUGUUGGGUGAUUUUGGGGACUACUUGAUAUGCUCUCGGAAGAUGAAGUAGGGCUUAUUUUUGUGCUUUUGCGGGAACGCACAAACGGCAUUUGAAGCUUGAUGCUAGUUGCUCUAGGAGUCGUAUGUCCGGAACCUUCCUAAAACUAUGGCACAACUGUUUAAUCCUUUUAGGGAUUUAUUUAAUGAUUUAACCAUAAGGUGAUGUUAUGUAAUUUGAACGUCACGGGAUUGGAAUAUCCACUAGAAGCUUCCCGUUGAUUCGAUAGGUACCAAUGAACAAAUAUCUUCAGGCUUCCAGUAUAUCCCUUCAGUAACCUGUUGGUCCGAUUGCACACCGUUCCUACCCAGCCGAAUUUGAUUGCGGUCUCAAAUUUAUAUCCCUCUAAAAAUAAGAUAGAAGAACGCGGAAUUUGAUAUGUUUUCUAUAAUAGAGUCCGAGAAAAGAUAUUGUGUGUUCUCGGCUUGCGUUCUGCCUCGCUCCACUUGCUUCUAACGAGUAUACUUCUAUGGUCUCUAUCUACAAGAUGUGACACAGUAAGCUACAAAUCCUGGCUAUUUGCUAACUUAUUACCCUUUUGACCUGAACUAGUUCAAUCUCCCUCCUUGCCCAUAAAUGAGCUACCAUAGGGGAUAUGGGACAUACCGGCUCAAGCAGAAACUUUUAUACUGCUCCCAAAUCUGUACAAAUAUUGUCUUCAAAUGUGGUUUUAUGCAGCGAUGACAUUGUGGACCUUGGUUGCCCCACAGUUGCCUAUUCUUG